CGACAGACUCUAGACAUCGCAGUUAACGAUGCGGAUGGAACGACCAUAGCAAAUGACCCGACAAAAGUUGGCGAGCAGUACUGGAUGGUACAAUGGAGACUACCGCAAUACAAGAAGCAUAAGACCUGGGAUGGCGAUGGCGUACUCGUGCUGUUUGGCGGCAAGGGAGUGUUAUACGGCAUGGACGGCACAGUAGCGACGGGAAAACCAAAUCCUGAUGGAGCAUGUAUUGGGACGUUCCUUCAAUUAGGUGGCAAAGAAAUGGAGAUCGAUUGUGAAUUACCAAAAUUGGAUUUCACGUCUGGCAAAGUCUUUGGGAAGGGAAGCUUCGGAUCCUUCGCAGAGGAAAUGGAUACCAAGCCAAAUCAUGCAAGUGCUUUGAGCCUAAAGAAGAAAUUCUCUAUCCCUCUCAAGUCGAUACCUGUGAAGCCCGCUCAACAACCACAAAGCUCAGACACAUCCGACCCCCUUAGGACAAGAGGUAUUGACCUUGAACCGGUAUGCCUCCUCCAACGAAGAGAAAACGAACUACCUCCGAAUCCCAUACCAAAUACAUACUGGUCAGCGCAUUGGCGCAGGCCACAGGGUAGAAAGCAUAAAACGUGGGAUGGAGAUUCUUUUGUCGUCUGUUCGGGCAAUAAGCUCACAAUGGUUUCCGAUGAUGGCAAAUUGAUGGGUACAACAAAAUGGAGAGGCGGUUCUCUGCAGGAAGGCUGCGUCCUUCAAAUAGCCUCAAGGACGGUCGAGCUCGAGAGUCGGGUUGUAGCAGGUGCUGUACCGAGGAUUACUGGGACCAUGACAUCGGAGCGCCCGUGUGACGAAGACAGUGGUGAUCUGGAGACACCCUUGACUGAUGAUGCUUGUUCAGAUGCUGGUGCAUUCGAGAUGAGGGUGUUAUCAUUUGCAGCAAAGGAGAAUAUUGAUUGUCGAGGCACGACGGUCCAGUCAAUCUCUUCUGAAGCAACACGCAAGAAGUUCGUCACACCGGUUAGCUUUUACGGCCAGGCUAUAUCAAAGUCAAAGCCUGCGACACCCUUACACGACCCACUUGCUGAGGGUGCUGUGGUUAUGAAGGAACCGACGAAGGAACACCAAAGGAAAUUCAACUUAAAGGGACGCCCUGUGAUUCCUGUCGUCGUAGAUCCAAUUUUGGCCAGACAUUUGCGUCCUCAUCAGAAAGAAGGAGUCAAGUUCAUGUAUGAAUGCGUUAUGGGACUUCGUAAACACGAAGGUCAGGGAUGUAUUCUCGCGGACGAGAUGGGAAUGGGCAAAACCUUGCAGACCAUAACUUUGGUUUGGACUCUUCUCAAACAAAAUUGUUAUGCAGGAACUCCAGCCGUUGGGAAGGUCAUGAUAGUCUGUCCGGUUACGCUGAUUGCGAAUUGGAAGAAAGAAUUUCACAAAUGGCUCGGUAAAGAUCGGCUCGGCAUAUUCACUGGUGAUAAGAAUAAGGAGGCAGUAAAACAGUUCAUUAACUCGAAGAUACACCAAGUCUUAAUCAUUGGCUAUGAAAAACUUCGCACAGUUAUUUCCGAACUAGCUUACUGCUUGCCACCCAUAGGCCUCAUAAUCUGCGAUGAGGGUCAUCGCCUGAAAUCAUCCAAUAACAAGACCUCCACGAUGUUCGAAGCUCUGUCAACACCGCGACGAAUAAUAUUGUCUGGUACUCCUAUCCAAAAUGAUCUCUCGGAGUUUCAUGCUAUGGCAGAUUUCUGCAAUCCUGGUCUCCUAGAUGACUAUUCAAUCUUUCGAAAGGUCUUCGAAAACGCAAUCUUGAAGAGCCGUACACCUGACUGCUCGGCGAAAGAGCGAGAAAUUGGCGAAGGUCGACAAGCACAGCUUCAAACCGUCGCCCGUAGCUUUGUACUCCGCAGGGAAGCUAGUAUUCUCACAAACUAUCUACCUCCCAAGUAUGAAUAUGUGGUUUUCGUCACCCCAUCACCUCUCCAGAGGCAGAUGUUCGUGAAGAUACUACAACCAGACACUUUGGCUACUGUUCUUCAUGGUUCCAUGGCGCGUUCAUUGGCCAUGAUCCAGUUACUCACAAAACUUAGUAAUAGUCCAAUAUUACUGAAAGCCGCGUUAGAAAAACGAGAAGACAAGGCUGAAUCGGACGCUCACGAGGCCUUCGAUGAGGCUGUUAAACUUCUACCGGAAUGUGCUAGAGCGCAGGACCCGGCUCUUAGCGGGAAAUUACAAGCUUUAUCAAACCUUCUCGCAUACCUACGCAAGGAAACGGAUGAAAAAUGUAUCCUGGUCUCCCAUUAUACCUCGACACUCGACGUCAUCGAAGAGUUCUGCAAGGAGAAGAAAUACACUUUCUUGCGGUUAGAUGGACAAACGCCCGUAGCAAAGCGACAAGAAUAUGUCGAUAGAUUCAAUAAAGCCCCACAAUCAGGAGCAUUUUUGUUCUUAUUGAGUGCGAAGGCUGGUGGUGUAGGCUUAAACUUAAUUGGGGCUUCUCGGCUUUGCUUGAUCGAUAGCGACUGGAACCCGAGCCAUGACUUGCAGUCAAUGGCACGUAUCCACAGAGACGGCCAGAAGCGGCCAGUCUUUAUAUAUCGUCUCUUGACGGCGGGCACCAUUGAUGAAAAAAUAUACCAGCGUCAGAUCACGAAGCUUGCAUUGAGUGCCUCUUUGAUGGGAAAAGACGCCCCGGACAGCGGUAGCUCAAAAUCCGAUUCCUUCACGCAAAAAGAGCUCCGGGAUCUCUUCACUUUCUACCAACAUACUAGCUGUCAUACGCACGAUCUCAUCGGAUGCCCCUGCACGCGCGGGCAUGACGAAGAAAGAUCGGACGAUCCAAUGCUUGAUGAUGCUUUUCCUGAUCUGUGCUUCGAAGAAAGCGAUAACGAAGAGCAGACGCGAGAAAUUGGAUUUUGUAAAGCUUCACUUAUUCCUGAGGACUACGCAAAAUUAGACAAAGCAUUUUUAAAGAAGAAAAAGGCGGAGCUAGCCUCUCUCGGCGAAUGGACGCACAUCAAUUGCCUUGAUGCUCGUACGAAGCCAGCGAUUAUCGACAAAGCACUGCAGAGUAUUUCUUCCGUACCGUCUGAACAUAACGUUGCUCUUGACCGGGAAACCACGGCUCACAUCCUACCUGAGGAUAUCCCAGGAGGGUCGAUCUCCUUCCUAUUUGAAAGAACGUCAGAGAAAUCAGUCUGAAA